GGAUCAUUCUCUCUCUCUCUACAAUUAUUCUUCCUCCCUUUUAUCUUUUUUUUUUGUUUUUCAUAUCUCUCUCUCUCUCUCUCUGCCUGACUCCGAGAAACCAUCUCGGGGCUUUUCUUCUCCUUGAUCCGUCUCAGAUUUCUUGCUUAAUAUGGAGAAUGUAAUCGAAUAAAAUAAAUAGCCUUUUUUAAUCUCUAGGAGUUUCAUGGGGAUUUGCUUUAGCGCUCAAGGGCAGUUCCAAUUCUCUCAAAACCAAAACUCCUCUCAGAAGAAGACACCAGCACCAGUGUAUCUAAUGAAUACGGAUUGUAAAGAGUCGUCGUCGUCGUCGGUGGGUGGGAAACCGAGUCCAAGCGGUUUGCCUUUGCCUCCGAAAAACAUCAAAGAUCUGCAGUCCAAUCCUGGUUACGAGAACGUCGACAUCUUCACCUACGAGGAGAUGAAGUUAGCCACCAAGCAGUUCAGGCCUGAUUUCAUCCUCGGCGAGGGUGGCUUCGGCGUCGUCUACAAAGGUGUCGUUGAUGAGACCGUGCGGCCUGGUUACAACUCCACCAAAGUUGCUAUCAAGGAACUUAAUCCAGAGGGCUUUCAGGGAGAUCGCGAGUGGCUGGCUGAAGUUAACUAUUUAGGGCAGCUUAGUCAUCCCAACUUGGUCAAGCUUAUUGGCUACUGCUGUGAAGAUGACCACAGGUUGUUAGUCUAUGAAUACAUGUCAUUGGGAAGCCUCGAGAAACAUCUCUUUCGAAGAGUUGGUUGCACUUUGACAUGGUCCAAAAGAGUGAAGAUCGCUCUACACGCAGCCAAGGGUCUCGCCUUUCUUCAUGGUGCUGAACGCUCCGUCAUCUAUCGAGAUCUCAAGACUGCCAACAUAUUGCUCGACGAGUGUUACAAUGCUAAACUCGCUGACUUUGGACUAGCUAAAGAUGGCCCCAGCGGAGAUCAAACGCAUGUGUCAACACGUGUUAUGGGCACUUACGGAUACGCUGCUCCUGAGUAUGUUAUGACAGGGCAUUUGACAUCGAGAAGUGAUGUUUAUGGAUUUGGGGUUCUUCUCCUUGAGAUGCUCCUUGGGAAAAGGGCAAUGGACAAAAGCAGACCUUGCCGGGAGCAUAACUUGGUCGAGUGGGCAAGACCGCUACUCAAUCACAACAAAAAGCUUUUGAGGAUCAUAGACCCUCGAAUGGAUGGGCAGUACACCACCAAGGCCUUGAUGAAAGUAGCUGAUUUGGCAUACCAAUGCUUAAGCCAAAACCCUAAAGGAAGGCCCCUCAUGAGUCAUGUAGUAGAAGUCCUCGAGACUCUCAAGGAGGACGGUAAUGCGCAAGAGGAAGUCAUGGCUAAUCUCCAUAGCAGGGGCAAGUCUGUAACUUUAUAUGAAGCAGCUCCUUGUGAUUCUUCCCAAGGCACAAGAAACGUUGACGGACAGAGGAGGGGUGGUAGAAGCAAGAGCGAAGCUUCCGUGGAUGUUUCUGCUCUUGUUUCAGACUCGGAUCCGGAAUCUACCAAAGUUUAAGACUCGAGACAAGAAAGAUCACAAGUGAAUUGAGGAUUUAUGAUCAAGAAAGGUAGCAGAGUUGGGUUAAGUGUAUAAAUAAGCUGAGUCUUCGUUUUGGGGAUCCUUUUUUCUUUUUUUUAAUCUUUUUGGGGAUUACGAAUAUUAGUGCAAUAUGCAAUUUGAUCAACCUUUGAAAUUCAAAUGGAUUUUUGUUUUGAUCAAA